AUGUCCCAAACCAAUCUCGGUCCAGCCCUAGAGAAGGGGAUCUGGGCCGCCGUGGUCAUUGCUGCAGUGAUCGUUAUUUUACGAAUCUUUGCUAAAAUCAAGAUCGGACGGUUUGGCAUCGACGAUGGCUUGAUGAUCUUCGCUGAGAUUUUGGCAAUCGUAUCAACAGUAUUCUUGACCCUGUCGGUUAAGCAUGGGUUCGGCAAGGAUCUGGGAACAGUACCACUAGACGACAAGGAAGCGGUCUUGAAGAACAUCGCAAUCCAAGUGCCCAUUGUCACCUUCAGCACCACCUUCGCCCGCUGCGCAUUCAUCCUCUACCUCCUCCCCCUCCUUGGAACCAACAAGUACUACCAGGCUGCGCUAUGGGCUGUGAUGGUGAUACAAUUCGCCGGGAACGUUGCAUCGGCCGUGCUGCCACUUAGCAUAUGUCGCAAUGUGGCCGCUCUAUGGGACGCAGCAAUCGCAGUCGCGACGACCUGUGGCGACUCGAAUGCAGUCAUCAAGUUCGCCUACUACUCCAAUACAUUCAAUUCAGCCACUGAUCUGUUUUUGGCUGCCUUCCCAACAAUAAUGUUCUGGAACUUGAAUCUGAAACUACGCAUCAAGAUCGGUUUGAUUGUUCUUCUCAGUUUGGGUAUUGUUGCAAUGGUCGCAUCCAUCAUCAAAACGACCAAACUGAACGCCGUCCCCAGCAUCACCAAUACCGGAGCUAGCGGAGGCAUUGAACUAAUUCGCUGGGGAUACAUCGAAAACGUCAUUAUCAUCAUCACCUCCUCGAUCCCUUGCAUCCGCCCCUUGAUCGUCUCCUCCGUGCGCAAGAUCUCCAACGCCAAAUAUUCCCGCUCGUACGAACUCAGCAGGACCUUCAAUGGGCACAAAUCUGCUGCUGUCCCAAACGAGACGAACCAAUCGCGCCGCAUGCGCAAGUUCAAGUCUGAUAUUGAGAAUAAUAGCGUCGACCGCAUUUUGGAUCAAAAUCGGAGCACGCAUACUAGUACAUCUAUAGGAGGUGCGCCUGAUUCUCCUACUUUCUCUACUUCUGGUAUCACUAAGCAGGUGGAAAUUUUGGUUACAUCAGAUACUAGGCAACCUCCAAUGGAGCAUACGAGCGAUGACUGA